CCCUUUUUCAAUGCUCUCUUUUACCUUGUUAGAGACUUAAAUUCUAACAAGUCUCUCUGUCUCCUUGACCCUCUAUUCUUUCUUCUAUGCUACUAAUCAUUUUCAUGACAUAAAACCUUCACAAUCUUGUCCAUAAAUUUUGUCUCGACCCUUUGGUUUUCAAGAGAAAGGACUCUGGUAAUUUGAAGCUUGAUCGUGAAGUAAGUACAAUCUGAUCAAGAAUUGUUCCGAUCAGAAUUAGGUGAGAAUUUUUAGGUGACAAUAACAUAACUUAUACAUCUUCUAUAUAUGUUUGCUUACUUCAGAAGCUCCUCUUAUGUUUUCAUAACUAAUUCUCCACUUGCUUCUACGUUUGUCUUUAGGUCCUAUUCUUUAGCUUAUUUUUAUUCUAUGAAAUUUCACUUGCCAUAUAGAACUAGGAAAUAGAAACAAUGUUUGUAAAAUUAUAAGAUCAAUGUUUCUCGUGUUAGUAACUUAGUAUAUAAUAUAUAUAUACUUCUCCAAAGUCCUAAAGGUGAUUCUUGAGCCAUGGCUUCUCUUGAAAAUCCAAAAGCUUUGGUUCCAUACAUGAACAAAGAUUGUUCACAAGGUUUUUGUAGCUUCUUUUGUCCACAAUGGUGUUAUGUAAUCUAUCCUCCUCCUCCUCCUCCUUCAUCCUUUGAAUUUCCUGAUGAUGAUUCAUCUCCAAAUUUCUCACCUCUUGUCAUUGCAGUCAUUGGAAUCUUAGCAAGUGUUUUUCUUCUUGUAACUUACUACACCAUAAUAUCAAAGUAUUGCGGCCGAAGAGAAUCAUCUUCGAGCGAAACCCACGAACCAAACGAUGAAUCGGAUGAAAAUCAUCAUCAUAACAAUCAUUUAAUCCAUGAGCCAUGGCAUGUUACAACAAAUGGCUUAGAUGAAAAUUUGAUUAAGUCCAUAACAAUUUAUAAGUACAAAAAAUAUGAUGGAUUGGUUGGUGUAAGAGAUUGUUCAAUUUGUCUCAAUGAGUUUGAAGAUGAUGAAAGUAUUAGACUUUUACCUAAAUGUAGCCAUGCUUUUCAUCUUCCUUGUAUUGAUACAUGGCUCAAAUCUCACUCGAAUUGUCCUCUAUGUCGCGCUACUAUUUUCGCCUUCAAUGCCUCGAGUACUAGUGCAACACUUCAUGUGCCUUCAAUGAAUGAAAUUUCAUUAGAAAAUCCACAUUUGAAUGAAAAUAUGAAUGUUGAAAGAGAUAGUACUAAUGAAUUGGAUGUAGUGGAAGAAGGAAUGUUGCAUGAUCAUGGUAGAGAAUUUCGCGCUUUAAGUGAUUUAGGAAAUUUAAGAGGAAGACACAGUGUGAUUGAGAUUAGAGACAAUAAUGAAAAUUACGAAUCGAUUCGAAGAUCAUUCUCUAUGGAUCAUUCAUUUCAAAGUGGCCAUGUUAUGCAUAUGAAUCAUCAUGAGCAAGAUUCACAAGUUGAAGGAAGUACUAGUGAAGUUGUUGGUUCAUCAAAGAGAUCAAGAAGUGAAAAUGAAAAUAGUAAAUUCAAUGGUUAUAGUAGAAAAGUUUUGCAUUGUGUUUUAAGUCCAAUUGCAAUGAAGAGAUCAUUUUCAAGUGGAAGAUUUUUCCUUAGUAGAAGUGGCAGAGGAAGAAGGUUGGGAGUUUUGCCUGUUUGAGAAAUAUUCCUUUGUAUUUUUUUUCUUUACCUUUUUUUGUUAUGUUAUUUAUGAAAGCAUGAUGGUGUAGUAGAAAAGAUUGAGCAAAUUUUUGUGUGAAGAUCUGUAUUUUUAACAUGAUUGAAUCUUUGAAUGAUGAUAGUAAUAUUAAUCAGUGUGUUAUUAGAACA